CGGAAGUGUAGUUAGUCAGAAAGAAUGGCGAUUGUCGUUUCAUAGGUAGUUCUUAACGAGCGAUUCUUAAAACGCGACAAGAAUUUCAGUCAUCUAAAAAAUUAAGCAAAUCUUCUACCAAACGUCAUUGUAGAUAUAGGAUCGAGUUUCCAAUAUUGACGACAACGAUUCGUUCCUUCGAACGAUUUCCAACGGGCGAAAUGAUGCCGACGAUGCCGCCUGAUUCACAUAAAAUUUCGCUGAAGAUCAUUGAGGCGAUAAAACAACAUCCAGUUCUGUAUAGCGCCGAAGUAAAGGGUUCUUCUGUCAAACUGCAGGAAUUUCGGCAGAAAGUUUGGAAGAGAAUUUCCGACGAGCUUGGUCUUGAUCCUACUUGGGUGAGAUUAAGAUGGAAAAAUUUAAGAGACACCUAUUGUCGCAUACUUAAAUAUAAAAACAAAACAGAGAAAGGAGUUCGCAGGAAAAAAUGGAUUUUUGAGGAUCAUCUUAGUUUCUUAAAAUUCCCGUACGAGUCAGAUUACCAACCACAAACCAUAGAAUUAACUGAAGAUUACAUUCAAGACAUAAAUGCUGGUGGCAUCAGUUCUGAAGGUUUAUUAGAACAGUUAGAAGAUCGUAACGACGAAGAUUACAGCGAAUACUUAGAGGUCCUAGAAGAAACAACAGCCGAUCCGAUUUUAGAUCAAAAUUCCUUGGAAUUAAACGACAAUGGAGAUAAUGUAAUAAAAAACAUAGAGGUAGAAGAAGCGAUGCAACAUGAUAUCGAUACGUAUGCGCAACAAAUUCAGUCGAAAUUUAGAAAAAUAAGACCGAAGAAAAUGAAAAUUGAUUCUCUAGAAGUGCCUUCAACUUAUAGUAUCUUAAAAACUUCAUCUUUCAAAAAUAAAACGGUCGAUACACCAAUUUUUGUUAACACGCCGGCAAGUAGUCCCGCAAAAAAUUCUACUAAGAUAGAAGUAAUUCUACAAAAUGGACAGGAUUCCAGUUCUUCAUCUCUAGAGAAAUUAAAAAAGAACAUAGUAUCGAUAAAAGAAAGGCUUGUACCAUGGGCAAAUGAAGAUGACAGUGAUUUAAUCAAAUGGAUGGGUCAGCCACCUAUAAUUCCAAAGCAUUGUGAUAUUGUAAUUGUUGGAGGAGGAGCUAUGGGGAGUUCGAUAGCUUUCUGGUUGAAAAAACGAAUUUAUAAACAUAUGAAAGUUGUAGUCAUUGAAAGGGAUCCCACUUAUACAGCAGCAUCAACAGUUCUCUCUUUAGGUGGUUUACGUCAACAAUUUUCACUCAAAGAGAAUAUUGAAAUGUCCCUUUUUGGUGCAGAAUUUAUACGCAACAUUAAUAAUUAUUUAAACGUUGGCGAAGAUACUCCAAUUGAUCCAUGUUUUCGUCCUCAUGGGUAUUUAAUGUUAGCAUCUAAAAAUGGUGCUGAAAUAUUAUCACAGAAUUCUAAAUUACAGAAUUUUCUUGGAGCAAAGAACAUUUUGCUACCAGCUACCAAGUUAAAAGACAUGUUCCCUUGGUUGAACACGGAAGAUAUCGAAUUGGGCUGUUUAGGAUUAGAGAAAGAAGGCUGGUUCGAUCCGUGGGCUCUUCUUUGCGCUUUUAAAAAAAAGGCGAUGGUCUUAGGAGCACAAUAUAUUACCGCGGAAGCUGAAGGCUUCACCUAUAAAGAACAAGGAGAUGAUCCUUCUGGUCGAUUAAACGAAUUAAUUGUAAAAACGCCAGAGGGUGAAAUCCAUAAAAUACAAUUUUCGAUGGCUGUUGUAGCCGCGGGUGCUUUUAGCGGAGAAAUAGCAAAAAUGGCUAACAUUGGUACAGGAGAUGGACUUAGAAGGAUAUCAUUACCUGUUGAACCAAGAAAAAGAUACGUUUAUUGUUUCCACUGUAAUGAUGGACCAGGUAUAAAUACACCGAUAACGAUAGAUUACUCAGGCACAUAUUUCAGGAGAGAAGGUUUAGCAGGCAAUUUUGUUUGUGGAAGGUCACCGUCCGAAGACGAAGAACCUUCGGUCAAAGAUUUAAACGUUGAUUAUAAUUAUUUCGACGAACACGUUUGGCCAAUGCUUGCACGAAGGUGUACGGCUUUCGAAAGUUUAAAGUUAAAAUCUUCUUGGGCGGGAUACUAUGAAUAUAAUACCUUUGAUCAAAAUGGAAUAAUCGGAAGACACCCAUUUUAUGAGAACUUAUUUUUUGCGACUGGAUUUAGUGGUCAUGGAAUUCAACAAUCGCCAGCAGUAGGUAGAGCAGUUUCAGAAUUAAUUAUUGAUGGUAACUUUCAAACAAUUGAUUUAUCAAAUCUUGGUUUCGAAAGAUUCAUUAAAGGUAAACUUGCGCAUGAAGUGAACAUUAUUUAAGUUUACUUGAAAUGUGUUACAUCGACGUAUAACAAAAUUAUACAUUUUUUAUAAUUGUACAAAACUGUUGAUAUUUAUGCAUUUAUGAUACAUCGAAAUAUGUAGAUAGAAAUUAUGCAAAAUUUUUGACAUAAGAUAAUGCUAUCAAAUGUAAUUUAUAUGUGUAAUAUAAUAAUAUAUAGUAAAUGAUCGUCUG